AGUCGGCGGGCUCCGGCGAAUGGAAGCCGAGCGCGCAGCACUCUCCAGCAAAGGCACAGAGCUCGCCCAGCGGGAGAUUUCAAAGCUUCAGGAGCAAAUCACGGUAAUGCGCAACAACCUCGAGGAAUUCGUGCGCGACCACCAGAAGGACAUCAGGUCGAACCCCGUGUUCCGCGUGCAAGUCCAGCGUAUGUGCCAGGUAAUAGGAAUCGACCCUCUGGCCUCGCGCAAGGGCUACCUGGCCGAGCUCCUGGGUGUUGGCGACUUUUACUGCGAGCUUGGCAUCCAGAUUAUUGACGUGUGUGUGGCCACACGGGCCCUCAAUGGUGGCCUGAUUGAGGUCGAGGAGCUGCGACGGCGACUCGAGAAGCGGAGGAUACGUGGCAGCGAGCCGGUCAUCGAAGAAGACAUCAAGCGUGCAAUCAAGCAGCUAGCGCCGCUGCAUGGCGGGUACCGGAUUGUGAGCUUUGGUGACAGGAAGAUGGUGAAGAGCGUUGGACGGGAGCUGAACUUGGAUCAGACCACUGUGCUUGGUCUGGCCGUGCGUGGCCACUUCACACUGCAGGAUGUGCAGAGCGGGUUGGGGUGGGACACAGACAGGAUACAGACAUGCGUGGACGAUAUGCUUCGGACAGGCAUUGUGUGGGUCGAUGAGGGCACCAAGGAGACCGAAUACUGGGUUCCUGCGUUUAGUAUAAAGAGCAUGUAAUAUGUGAACAACAAUUCCUUUUAUUUUU